GCACUGUCCGCGGGCGCCGGGGCGCAGCCGUACCACGGCGAGAAGGGCAUCUCGGUGCCAGACCACGGCUUCUGCCAGCUCAUCUCCAUCCCGCUCUGCACGGACAUCGCUUACAACCAGACCAUCCUGCCCAACCUGCUGGGCCACACCAACCAAGAGGAUGCGGGCCUCGAGGUGCACCAGUUCUACCCGCUGGUGAAGGUGCAGUGCUCCCCGGAGCUGCGCUUCUUCCUGUGCUCCAUGUACGCGCCCGUGUGCACCGUGCUGGAUAAGGCCAUCCCGCCGUGCCGCUCCCUGUGCGAGCGCGCCCGCCAGGGCUGCGAGGCUCUCAUGAACAAGUUCGGCUUCCACUACCCCACCGCGCCCUACUUGCCCGACCUGCCCUUCACCGCGCUGCCCCCGGGGGCGGCUGAUACCAGGGGCAGGUCCUCCUUUCCCUUCUCAUGCCCCCGGCAGCUCAAGGUCCCCCCCUACUUGGGUUACCGUUUCCUGGGCGAGCGCGACUGCGGCGCCCCGUGCGAGCCUGGCCGCGCCAACGGCCUCAUGUACUUUAAGGAGGAGGAGAGGCGCUUCGCCCGCCUCUGGGUGGGCGUGUGGUCGGUGCUGUGCUGCGCCUCCACGCUCUUCACGGUCCUCACCUACCUGGUGGACAUGAGGCGCUUCAGCUACCCCGAGCGGCCCAUCAUCUUCCUGUCGGGCUGCUACUUCAUGGUGGCCGUGGCGCACGUGGCCGGCUUCCUGCUGGAGGACCGCGCCGUGUGCGUGGAGCGCUUCUCCGACGACGGCUACCGCACGGUGGCGCAGGGCACCAAGAAGGAGGGGUGCACCAUCCUCUUCAUGGUCCUCUACUUCUUCGGCAUGGCCAGCUCCAUCUGGUGGGUCAUCCUGUCGCUCACCUGGUUCCUGGCGGCCGGCAUGAAGUGGGGCCACGAGGCCAUCGAGGCCAACUCGCAGUACUUCCACCUGGCGGCGUGGGCGGUGCCCGCGGUCAAGACCAUCACCAUCCUGGCCAUGGGCCAGGUGGACGGGGACCUGCUCAGCGGGGUGUGCUACGUGGGCCUGUCCAGCGUGGACGCGCUGCGGGGCUUCGUGCUGGCGCCCCUGUUCGUCUACCUCUUCAUCGGCACGUCCUUCCUGCUGGCCGGCUUCGUGUCGCUCUUCCGCAUCCGCACCAUCAUGAAGCACGACGGCACCAAGACCGAGAAGCUGGAGAAGCUCAUGGUGCGCAUCGGCGUCUUCAGCGUGCUCUACACCGUGCCCGCCACCAUCGUGCUGGCCUGCUACUUCUACGAGCAGGCCUUCCGCGAGCACUGGGAGCGCACCUGGCUGCUGCAGACCUGCAAGAGCUACGCGGUGCCCUGCCCGCCCGGCCACUUCCCGCCCAUGAGCCCCGACUUCACCGUCUUCAUGAUCAAGUACCUGAUGACCAUGAUCGUGGGCAUCACCACCGGCUUCUGGAUCUGGUCUGGCAAAACCCUACAGUCGUGGCGCCGCUUCUACCACAGACUCAGCCACAGCAGCAAGGGGGAGACUGCGGUGCUGUUUCCUGGCUUUUCACAAUACAGUUGCCUCAUUCUCAGGCGGCCCUGGAGACCCAGCAGUAGCCUGGAUGCCGCUGUGUUUCUUCCCUUCCUCGGCUCUGAGGUUCUGCACUUCUAAAGCCCCACAGAAUCAGUUCUGUUUUUGUUUUAAUUAACAGGCUCACACACAUGGCUGGUGUGCUUCACAAAUACACAGAGUGCAAGCCAGCGACAGACGGUCCUCC